AAUGAUUAAAAUCUAUGCGAUAUGUAUUCAAAUUUAUGAUAUGAUUUAUUCUCUUCGUCUAUCAAAUUUUAUUUGUAUUUUUGUUAUUUCAAUCCGUUUUAAAAAAUAUGUCUAAUUCAUUUUUAGCAAUAUACUCCACGGAGAACGUAUAUUUUUAAAUCUAAAAAAAUAAUUAUUGCAUAUAUUUACACUAAUUUUAGACACAAUGCUAUGUUUUUACUUUUUAAGAAACUUCAAAUUAAUGGUAUGCUGUAGUAAAUUAAUGGUGAAUUCACUCUUAACUUCAAAUUUUCUUUAUAAUUUAAUAUAUUGAAAAUUCGAUGGACGACCACCUUCUCCAAUCGCCAUUGAACGUUUCUUUCUGGAUCUCCAGCGUUGAAGAAGAAAGACGAAGCAAAGGGAUUUGCAGAAAAAGAUGCAUUAAAUUAAUAUCAAUUUAAUUUUAGCAUUUAAGAAAGUAAAAGUUGACCUUCAACAUCGUCAAAUGUCAAGCGCUGGCGCAGCAGCUCACAUUUCUUCCGCCUUCAACAAUCAAUCGGCAGUCUUCCCCUCUAAUCUCUCAUAUUUUUGCAGAUUUGAUCGCAAUUCCAUGAACAAAGAAACCUCCAAAUGAUAUUCUCUCUCCUCUUUCUCUGUCUAAACCUCUCCUCUCUUUUCCGUUUCUCCUCUGGCAGAGGCGCCGCCAUCCGGAGCUACAAUCAAUCAGGUUAUGAUGACAAAAUUUAUGGGCAUUCUGGGAGGCGGUUGUAUUCAGACAACGACUUUCAGAUGUCUGAGGAAGAUUACAAUGCGAGGCUUGAAAAGUUAGCACAAGGCUACAUGAGUAAUUCUGAUCUUGAGAAGGCAAUGCAGGAAGUUAACAGCCGUUGUCCUAACAUCUCCAGAAUUUACAGCAUUGGCAAGAGUGCACUUGGAGUUCCUUUGUUGGCUAUGGAAAUUUCUGACUCGCCUGGGAAAAUUGAUGCUGAGCCAUCUUUCAAGUUCGUUGGAAACGUGCACGGUAAUGAACCUGUAGGCCGUGAACUUCUGUUGCUUCUAGCAAAUUGGCUGUGCGAUAAUUAUUUGAAGGACUCGUUGGCAACCACAAUUGUAGAUGGUGUCCACCUUCAUAUACUUCCGUCCAUGAACCCUGAUGGUUAUGCUCUAAGGAGGCGCGGAAAUGCAAACCACAUUGAUCUGAAUCGUGAUUUUCCAGACCAGUUCUUUCCUAUGAAUGAUGAUAUGGACUUGCGGCAACCUGAAACAAAAGCCAUGUUGAAUUGGAUGGAAGAUAUACACUUUACAGCAUCUGCCACUCUGCAUGGGGGAGCAUUGGUUGCAAACUAUCCAUGGGAUGGAACUGAAGAUAAAAAGAGAGAUUACUUUGGGUGCCCAGAUGACAAGACUUUCAGAUUUUUGGCCAGUUUAUACAGUAGGUCCCACUACAAUAUGUCUCUGAGCAAGGAGUUCCCCGAUGGAAUUACAAAUGGUGCCUUUUGGUAUCCAAUUUAUGGUGGCAUGCAAGAUUGGAAUUAUAUUCAUUCUGGAUGCUUUGAACUCACUCUGGAGAUUAGUGAUGAUAAAUGGCCUGAUGCUAGUGAGCUUCCAACUAUAUGGGAUUAUAACAGAAUGAGCAUGCUAAACCUUGUUGGAAGUGUAAUUAAGACAGGAAUACAUGGACGAGUUUUUUCAUCCGAUGGAAAACCUUUGCCUGCAUCAAUAGCUAUCCGGGGAAUAAACUACACGAUUGCUGCUGGCAAAAAGUUUGGUGAAUACUACCGAUUGCUAGCUCCUGGAGAAAAAUAUGAAGUUAUUGCAAGCAUGCCCGGGUACAGAUUGAAGAGGGCUUGUGUUAUACUUGGUGAAGGAGCAGCGACAGUAGAUUUUGUUCUUGAUCCAGACACGAGUAGCACGCUCAACGGCAGCAGUCGAGUUUUGGAGGAUGCGGGUUGCUACUUCGACAGCAAGACUAGUCUUCAAGUCGUCGAUUUUUUGCCUGCGACGCAGCUGGAAAUUUCUCUGCUGUUGUUUGUAAUGUUAGGAUUUCUUUGCUUGCUAAUGCAGAGGAGAGCAAGAAGGAAUCAAAAACAGAUGCCUGCUGUGCCCAGACGAGCAGCCGUCAUCUGAGACAUUAUUUUCUAUAAUUUUACUGUUUGUUGUAAGUUUGUAACUCAUUAUUUAUAUAUAAAUAUAUAUUUAGAGAGUUGAAAAUGGAAGAAAUCAUUUUUAUUUUA